GUAGAGUCCGGCAAAGUGUCGAACUGAAGAUUCAAGUGAAGAGGAAGUACUUUUUAAAAUGGAAAUAUAGCAAAUGAUACUGUAACUUUCUACAACCGAUCGGAGGGAGAAGUUUGUGUGUGUCUGCAUGUGUCUGAGACAGCCAUGCCCGCCCAACCCCCUGUGAGGGAGCCAGAGGAGGAGAUGGAGGCAGAAGGAGAGUCCCAACUCCCUGAGGCCAAUGGAGUGGUGGAGAAAUCGAGAGAGGACGAAAGAGGAGGUGGAGGUGGAGGAGGAGAGGAGACCAUGGAGGAGAGCACAGAAGAGAGGGAGAGUGACUUGGAUGAUAGUGAGGAGGAGGAAGAGGAGGAGGAAGAGGAGAGUUCGGAGAUGGAUGAUGAAGACUGUGAGCGGAGGAGAGGGGAAUGUCUAGAUGAGAUGUUGGAUCUGGAAAAACAAUUUCAUGAGCUAAAAGAAAAGCUGUUUCGGGAGCGGCAGAACCAGGUGAAAGUGAAGCUGGACGAGGUGCUGACAGGGAAGGCCGGAGAAUACAGAGAACCACUGAUUGCACUACAGGAAAGCAUGCAGAUACGAACACAAGUGGCAGGAGUGUACAGAGAGCUGUGUCUGCAGGUGAUCAAACACAAGUACGAGUGUGAGCAGCAAGGAGCAAGGCAGCACCUGGAGAGUGAGCGGAUGAUGCUGUUUGAUACCAUGAAGUCUGAACUGCUGGAAAAGAUCAGAAGACUGGAGGAGGACAGACAGAAUAUAGACCUCACCUCAGAGUGGAGCGAUGAGAUUAGGGGCAAGAAGUGUAAAAGAAAGAACUUACUGGGUCGCUCGGAGAGAAAAAAGAAAGUAGCUCUGGUUUCAGGGCCUUUCAUUGUCUACAUGUUGAGAGACAUCGACAUCCUUGAAGACUGGACUGCUAUCAAGAAGGCAAAAGCAGCACUCUCACCACUAAAAAAGAAAGUCGAAAAGCGGUGAUAAAAGGAGGAUCGUAUUGAAGACCACUGGCAAAGAAACCAAACUUCUCUCCCUCACACACACAUUCCCAGCUACUUCCACUAACAGUGACGGUUUUGUCUCAUCGAGACCCUGAAGAUUAUCUUGUUUUUUUUCCACGCCUCUGACCCCCACCAACCAGCCACCCUACUGCUUGUUUGUUAUCUAUUGCUAUUUAAAAUGAGUUCUUAAUGAUAUGACAACCAUGUAUUUAUAGAAUGAUUUAUAAUGGUGAUUAAAAUUUUAAUCUUUUGUGACACAA